GCGCCGUGAGCGACGGUGAAGCCGGCGGCCGGUGGCCCGUGAGACCGGCAAAGAUGGCGGCGGCCCCGGCGGCGGGAGCGACCUGGGCGAUAGCUGCGGCUGAAGCUGCAGCCGGGCCCGCAGGGGUGCUUCACGGGGGCAGUGGGGGGUGGCCCUGAGCUGGGGCCUGGCUCCGGCUGGCCUCCCCCGCCGCCUCACCGGGGGACAGGUCCAGCCUGUGGUGUCCACAAUGCCCCAGGCCUCUGAGCACCGCCUGGGCCGGACCCGAGAGCCACCUGUUAAUGUCCAGCCCCGAGUGGGAUCCAAACUACCAUUUGCCCCCGGGGCCCACAGCAAGGAGAGCCGAAACCCAGUUCCUGGGCCGAACCCCCUGUUACGACCUCUGCCUCCCCGGCCAGGUCCACCUGAGGAACGGCUCAAGAAGCUGGAGCUGGGACGGGGACGGACCUCAGGAUCUCGUCCCAGAGGCCCCCUUCGGGCAGAUCAUGGAGUCCCCCUGCCUGGCUCACCACCCCCAACUGUGGCCCCUCCUCUCCUGUCCAGGACCAGCCUAGCUCGUUCCAAGUCUGUGAGCAGCGGAGACUUGCGUCCAAUGGGAACUGCCUUGGGAGGGCAUCGAGGCACUGGAGAGCUAGGGGCUGCACUAAGCCGCUUGGUGCUCCGGCCUGAGCCCCCUGCUUUGAGACGGAGCACCUCUCUCCGCCGCCUCGGGGGCUUUCCUGGGCCCCCAGCCUUGCUCAGCAUACGGACAGAGCCCCCUACUUCCCACGGCACCUUCCAUGUGAUAUCUGCCCGGCGCCCCGAGCCUUUCUACUCCGAUGACAAGAUGGCUCCCCACACACUGCUUCUCGGCUCUGGUCAUAUUGGCCUCCGAAAUCUGGGGAACACGUGCUUCCUCAACGCUGUGCUGCAGUGUUUGAGCAGCACUCGGCCUCUUCGGGACUUCUGUCUGCGGAGGGACUUCCGGCAAGAGGUGCCCGGAGGGGGCCGAGCCCAAGAGCUCACUGAAGCCUUUGCAGAUGUGAUUGGUGCCCUGUGGCACCCUGACUCGUGUGAAGCUGUCAAUCCUACUCGGUUCCGAGCUGUCUUCCAGAAAUACGUUCCCUCCUUCUCUGGAUACAGCCAGCAAGAUGCCCAAGAGUUCCUGAAGCUCCUCAUGGAGCGGCUACACCUUGAAAUCAAUCGCCGGGGCCGCCGGGCCGCACCACUCCUGGCCAACAGUGUAGCGCCCUCCCCACCCCGCCGCGGAGGGGCUCUGCUAGGAGAACCUGAGUUAAGAGAAGAAGCUGAAGUAUGGGUGGGGUACAGGGCUCUGUGGAUCCUUCCGGUGGUGUUUGGGGUGCCCAGUGUUCCUGCUGUCUCAUGGGUGCUCCCCAUUUCCUUGACCUGUGGUAGUGACGAUGACCACGCUAACUUAAUGUGGAAGCGUUACCUGGAGCGAGAGGACAGCAAGAUUGUGGACCUGUUUGUGGGCCAGUUGAAAAGCUGCCUCAAGUGCCAGGCCUGUGGGUAUCGCUCCACGACCUUCGAGGUUUUUUGUGACCUGUCCCUGCCCAUCCCCAAGAAAGGGUUUGCUGGGGGCAAGGUGUCUCUGCGGGACUGUUUCAGCCUUUUCACCAAGGAAGAAGAGCUGGAGUUGGAGAAUGCCCCGGUGUGUGACCGAUGUCAGCAGAAGACACGAAGUACCAAAAAGUUGACAGUACAAAGAUUCCCUCGGAUCCUCGUGCUCCAUCUUAACCGAUUUUCUGCCUCCCGAGGCUCCAUCAAGAAAAGUUCCGUAGGUGUAGACUUCCCACUGCAGCGACUGAGCCUAGGGGACUUUGCCAGUGACAAAGCCGGUGCGUCUGGAAGCCCUGUGUAUCAGCUGUAUGCCCUUUGCAACCACUCGGGCAGCGUCCACUAUGGCCACUACACAGCCCUGUGCCGGUGCCAGACUGGUUGGCAUGUCUACAAUGACUCUCGUGUCUCCCCUGUCAGUGAAAACCAGGUGGCAUCCAGUGAGGGCUACGUGCUGUUCUACCAGCUGAUGCAGGAGCCAGCCCGGUGCCUGUGACGCCCCCUUUAAGCCCUGGCACCUGUGAAACCCUUGCAACGCCCUUAAGCCCCAGGCUUCCCAUUUACCUCAGAGACGUCUAUUUUUGUGUCUUUUUAAUGGGGAGGGGGAGGGCGUGGUUGUAGCUCCCAUUAUUUUUUUUAUUAACAAGCACCCUCCCACGUGGGGGUCCCCUCGUCUCCCGGCCCAUGUACAGAGUUCCCCAGGCCCUGCCUGUGUACAGCCCCCAGACCUCCACAGCCUCACUUUUUGUGAAUAAAUUUAUUAAGAAAAGGUGAUGUCCUUAUCUGUAUUUGGGCUCGGGCUGGGCCGCGCUGGAGUCUUCCUGGGAUGCCUUGAUGCCAAGUUUGCCCAAGCGGUGAAGGUUUGCACGGGAGGAAAGAGGGAAGCCCGGAACCAGAGGGCAAGCACUGGGGCGACGGGUUCUGCGUCCGAAGCGGGCUGGCCCCGGCACCCCAGGACCCUGUUGACAAACACCGGGUGCGUUGCCGGGCGGCCGUCGCUCCCGCAGGCCCAGGCUGUUGCUACCAUCAAGGAGCUGUUGGUGGCGCCGCCUCCCCGCGGACCAGCCUCCAGGGUGCCCAGCCGGUCUCCUUGCAGCCGAGGCGCACGGGGCCGUCCCCUCGGGGUCUCACCGUCGCCGAGCCCGGGAUUCGGCGCAGGGCAGCGCUGACUGGGACGCAGCUCUCGCCGCCCCGGCCCGGGGGAGGGCAGCGCCGGGCGCGACCGCUCACGCCCACCCGGCACCCAACCCGUAACCUCCGGCUC